CUCUCUCUCUCUCUCUCUCUCUCUUUCACACACACACACAAACACGCCUGAAGAGAGUGCUUGUAUCUCGGGUGUGUUUUUGUCGUUUUUACCGAUGUCGCCACCAAACUUCCCAGUCAACUUUCUACAUCUUUAAGUUGGAGAAAGUUGACUCAGGUGUUCAGGAAACGUCAUCGUCGUUUUAUACCAAAACAUUGUUUUUAUUUCCGCUUGUGUUUUGUUCUUUAACUCCUCGCUGGUUUGGACUGUACAGUGUCAAGCUAUCCAGGUGCAAGGAUGGAUGAAGCGGAGAAGUACAAACAGCGUCUGGAGGCCAUUGCUGAGAAGCGGCGGCUGCAGGAGGAGCAGGAGCGAGCCAAAAGAGAGAUGGAGGAUGAAAAACUGAGACUGCAGCAGCUCAAGAGGAAGUCUCUGAGGGAUCAAUGGUUGAUGGAGGGAGCUCCUUUGUCUCCAUCCUCCCAGGAUUCCCAAAGCCCACGCUCUUUUCCAUCGGCAUCUCCGGAGGUGGGAGAGAACAGAUCAAAGAGUGAAGAGGUGUCAGGGGAAGAGGAGGAAGAAGAGACCACAGUGGGCCAAAUGGAAGCAGUGGAAAUGGAAGAGGAUGGAGUGGAAAUGUUACGAGGUGCCGUUCUGCAGAAUGGAGACGACAACAACACAAAGAGAUCAGGGAAAGUUCACGCUGACGUGAAGGCGAGCCAAACCUCAUGGCGGCGGGAUGAAGAUGGAAUUGCCAAUGGCGGCAGAGACUUGAAGGAAGGACACGUCAGUCAACAUGAUGGAGAUUUGGAGCUUUGGAACUCUCAGGCCAGCACCACAAAUGGACCAAUCGAGGAGAACGCUGAGUCGAGUCUGCUUGUUAACGUGCCAACUCUGAGCCACACGGAGCUGGAUGAAGGGGUCGUGGUCAUGAGGGCAGAACGCGUGAUCAUCACAGAUGAUGAGGAGGAAGAUGUCACACCACAAGAGGAGCAGCAGUACAAGGAAAGUCCGCAUUCAGCAGUAGAAACGGUUGAGAAGGUGAAAGUAUCUCUGGAGGCUUCCAUUGAAUCAGUUAGGAACGAGCAAACGGGAACAAAUGAGGACAACCAAAUGGAAGGUUCAGCAUCUGUGGUGGUGAUGCAAUCGACAGCCGCCCCUCUAGACGGCCCCCCAGUAGCUCCUGUGCCGGUUUACUCUGAAUCACAACCUUCAGAUGCGCCACAAGCUGAAGUAGAAAUCACAGAAACAGCUGACUCGUCUUCCUUAAAAGCCUCAGACGACAGCAUCGCUAAGGCCUCUCAGUUCCACGAAGUUCCCCUCAGCGAUACUCAGGAGAACCGCACAACGGAGGCAGAACCUGACGAGCAGGUCCCCCUCCUGGAGGAGGUCAAAGCUCCAAGCGUGCAGAGGGAAGAGUCUACCACGGCUUCCGAUAGCCAGCCGUCUGGCACAGAAACACGAGGAGAGGCGAUACAGGAGCCUAAAAAGAAAAGCUGCGAGUGCUGCAGUGUCAUGUAAAUCUUUUAUAGCAGACGCUAUAAAUUCAGUAGCAAUAACUGAUAUUAUAACCACGUUAUACUUUACGAAAAAUACCUUUUUACACUCAUUUGUAUUGAGCACAUGACGUCACUGGCUCCCGCCUCUUUUAAAAUGAAGAUGCACUUUUUUUUAAAGAUAUGACACGCUCUCCGAACCUGCACAGAUUACAAGAAUCUUUAUGUAUACCAUAUUUUUUGGACUAUAAGUCGCACAAGGCUAAAAAUGCAUCAUUAGGUGGAAAAAACAUACAUAAGUCGCAGUGGCGCAGACCUCACAGCUAGGAGACCAGGGUUCAAUUCCACCCUCGGCCAUCUCUGUGUGGAGUUUGCAUGUUCUCCCCGUGCAUGCGUGGGUUUUCUCCGGGUACUCCGGUUUCCUCCCACAUUCCAAAAACAUGCUAGGUUAAUUAGCGACUCCAAAUUGUCCAUAGGUAUGAAUGUGAGUGUGAAUGGUUGUUUGUCUAUAUGUGCCCUGUGAUUGGCUGGCCACCAGUCCAGGGUGUACCCCGCCUCUCGCCCGAAGACAGCUGGGAUAGGCUCCAGCACCCCCCGCGACCCUUGUGAGGAAAAGCGGUAGAAAAUGAAUGAAUGAAUGAAUGAAAGUCGCAUUUUUUGCGGGUAAUUUAUUUUCCAAACUACUUGACCAAAACAGACAUUACGUCAUCUUGGAAGGCAAGUUCUAACAUUAAUAAAAGAAUACAAAACAGGCUGAAUAGGUGUAAGAUAUACUAACACAAUGGUUAUUCAGCUACACAAAAAAUAAACAAGGUGUCCAGUGUUUAUGUAACAUAACAGUCACUCUGGGGUAUAAGUCGCAGGAACAGCCAACCUAUGAAAAAAAGUGUGACUUAUAGUCCGUAAAAUACUUUUUUAUAAUUUGUUAGCCGUAGUUGAAAUCCAAACUCCAUGGUUGUAGUUGUUACAUAAUUGAAGUACGGUACAGUGAUGAUAAAAUUAAUCUUAGGUCACUUUUGGGCUUUUAUUGACUGAUGAUUUAAUCCUGGGUAUUAGUGGGAUAGGCGGGUAGGACCAAAAAAAAAACUGCAGGAAUAUCCUGGUUUUAUUGAGUGGUAUGAAUAUGAUAUGAAUUAUAAUUGCAUCCUGUUAAAUGAUUUGCAGUGAAAAUCAUGAUUGAUGUGAUUUUUUUUGCACAAAAAAAAAUAUGCACGCAAUUUCUGCUAAUGUUUAGAAAUCCAAUAACAGUUGUUACUUUGGUGUCCUCUGCCGUUGGACUCGUUAAGCCAAGUAUGGAGCCAAAUUACCCCGUGAAAAAAACAUCGAAAAAAAAUUAUGUGGUGUCCUGAUCAUCAUGAUUGUUAUCACAAUAUAUUUCGGUAAGUGCAAGGUUUUAUUUACUACUGUUUUUCAUAAACUUAACAUUGUACAGUUACUUUUUUAUUUGUCUUUGCGGCGAUUGAACACUACAUAAAAAUUGAUUUGAGUUAAUCUCAACUUCAAAUGUUGACCCCCUUGUUAGAUUUUUCGGCUGCAGGUUCAGAGAACGUGUCACAAUUGUUAUUAUCAUGCUAAUUAAAAGUGCUCAUGGCAUUGAAUCCAUCGCAAUUGGACCGUUGAUGUCGAGACCAAUGCUAGUCUGACUAGAUAGAACAGUUCUAGUCUAGUGAGUUGUCAAGAUCUAAAGUAUUUAUCCUCGAAAAAAGAAGGCGUGUCCAGGCAAGAUUGGUGUCAAACGACCAUUGUUAAGAUACAAUGGAGUGGGGACUCUGUUGUUAGGGUGGAUCGGUGAUCGUGGACCCACCUGAAGCCAAGGUGGCUAGGACUACUAUUACUAAUGCUACUUUAGCUUUUAAUACCUUUAUUGUUGUAGGGUUCCAUUCAAGACACUAUGCUAAAAUACCAUUUAUGAUGUUACCCAAAGUUUGGACACACAUUCCCAUGCUGGGCAUCCAAACGUUUGACUCAUAGUGUAUACUGUAGAAUAUUUAGGAGCCAAAACAGUGUAGUAGUUACAUUUUUGUUAACAUUUGUAUUGUUUUUAAUUUUCCCAUUUUUUUUUGCAGGGUAUUUACCCCUCUAAUUUCUCAAAGCAUUUUUCCAGGACAUGUCAUAAAACCUACAUUUUUAUUCAUUUUCUACACCCUUGGUCGUCAUUAGGGUGACAGGGGUAUGCUGGACUCUAACCCAGGGUACACCCUGGACUGGUCACCAGCCAAUCGCAGGGCACAUUUCAGAUGCAGUGACAUGAGAGACAUAUUUUAUCAUCAGUGAAUUGAUACAUAUACAUAUAAUUCAUUUGAAUGUAAAUACAGUAUUCUUGCUUAAAAUGAUGCAGAGCAGUUCAGAGAGGAUAUUUUUCUAAUUAAAUGACUUAAAAGAUGAAUUAUUUAAUACAUUAAAUAUGUGGGGUGACUUUUACACCUGUUCAUUCAUACGAAAACCAAAGUUUUUAAUUUAACCAUAUUGAAGAACGUUUUGUAUAUACAUAUUUAUACUGGAUACAGAAAAUGGGUUUGUGCUUGUAGGAGUUUUUGCAAUGGCUGGUGUAAUGAUUAAAGUGGUGUUAUAUAUUGUUUGCUGGUUUUUCUUCCCCCCCACCCCCACCCCCACUUGUGGACUUUUAACCAAUAUUGACAUCACCACAUGUUCCCAAUUUCCCAAUCCAGUUCAGUAUUCGGUAUGACCAUCAUGAUCUAGGUCUACAGAUUUAUACAUGCUAAGCUUAACCAACAGGUGGCGCUAAACGACUUUUUCCUCAGUGAGUCAGAGCUUUUCUUCCUGCCACUCACGCACACCAGUCAACAAAAAAGUUGUGAAAGGCAAAGGCAAGUUCGACAACCGUAGAGGAGUUAUGAUGAUAAUGGUAAUCAAUGCCACUAAGAAAUAUAAUAUUUCUUCAAAAAGAAGAGAUGUCUGAUGUUUGGGGUUGUCUUGUCUUUUUAUAAAUAUGUUUACCAACAUUGAAAUAUUAUUUAUGAAAUUAUUUUUGUCUUUUUGGUUGUCUUUUUGAUUUAAGAGAUUAAUUUUGGGUUAUUUUGUUAAGAUAUUGUUUUCUAAUAACGUGCCUUGAAAAACACUAACAUCAAUUCUAACUAACAUCAAUUCAAUGUCGUUUUAUAUUUAGGUUAAUAUGUUGACUCAAAUUAUUUUGGUCUUUUUCGGUUGUCUUUUUGAUUUAAGAGAAUCAUUUUGGGUUAUUUUCUUAAGAUACUGUUUUCUAAUAACGCGCCUUGAAAAACACUAACAUCAAUUCAACGUCGUUUUAUAUUUGGGUUAAUAUGUUCACUCAAAUUUGAACAUGAUUACAACAUUUUUUUUCCUCUUUUUGUCAAAAUUGUUUUUUUGUAAGUUUGAAAGCCUCUCGCAUUCCCCUGACAGAUCAAAUGGGGGGGCAAAAAAAAAAGAGGGGUCGUUUUAUAUUUGGGUCAGCAUGUUUAUUUAUUUAUAUUAAAACAUGUUUAAUAGAUUUUUUUUUUGUGUGUUUAAAAAAAAAAAAAAGGAGGGCUGAUAUUAUAUGUAGGGUCGUCUUAUAUCCAUCAAUUUUCUAUACCACUUAUACUCAUUAGAGUUGCGUUUUUUGUGUGUUUUAACAUGUUUUUCUAACAAUGGGCCUAAAAUGUUUUUUAAAAAUUUGGAAAAUGAGCCUUGAAAAAUAAGGGUCGUCUUAUAUUCACGGUUGUUUUGUAUUCGAGUCAAUACAUUUACUUCACUGAUACUGAAAGUAUUUUUUUCUGAAAAGCUAGUCUUGAAAAAGAAGUCAUCUUAUAUUGUAAAUCAAUCUGGUAAAUUUUCUCCACCAGAAAAAAUGUACUCUUUACAAGAAAAAUUGAUUUUUGUCUUUUGUUUGUUGUUCCGUGUUUGCUAUCUGUGAAUGAUUCAACGACAGUGGUGGGUUGUCUGGUCUGUGGUGUCUGCACUGUGAAACUUUGCCCCCCCCCCCCCCCCCCUUCCCCCCCACUCUAUAAAAGUAGCAGUACCUGCAAGCAUCACCAGUGUGACAAAAACCAGCUCAGAAUGAUUUUGGUUGCGUGCGCCAUCACGGUCCUCAGCCUUAUCUCAGAGGUCACGUGUGUUCCUCAGACAUGUGAAGACCUGAUCAAGCCGCUGGUUGGAACGAAUGUUGGCAAUGUGGAGGGAACGUGGGCGUUGGUCGCCGGCAGUUUGAACAGAUCGGUGGAUGAAAGCGUCUUCAAGCAGAGAGACAGCAUCACUUUCCACGGGUUCAACCACACCUACGUCCAAGCCAACCGUUUCGGAGACGAGUGCAGGUCCUACCCCCUCAACGCCACCGCGGAAGGCCACGUCUUGACGCUGAAGGGGAAGCACUAUGUCUUCACCGCCACCUUCCUUUUGACCUCCUGUUCGGACUGUGUCUUGUUUCGCUUUGACGUGGACGCGCUGACCCACACGACCACUGACCUCUACCUGCUGAGCAAGAGGCGAAAGCUGGAUCCCGCGGAGGAGGAGGAGUUUACAUCUCAAGUCAAGUGCCUGAAGUUGCGGCAGCCGGUCUGGAUGGAUCCCGACAAGGAGCUUUGUCUUUUAUAGUGACCAAAUAAAACUCCUGAUGCAUACUCA